CACUUGCUGACUGUCUCCGGGACCCAGAAAUGACCACGCAGAUUACGAGCACAAUGACUACGCAGGCUAUGCCGUAUACGACCACGAAUACCAGCGGUCUGGUCAAUUCUAACGUUACCGACGUUAACGUGACCAACGCUAACGUCACCAAGGAACCUUUCAGUAACAUUACAUGGCCAGCUGACGACCCAUGCAGCAACUACACCGUACUCAACGAUUCUUGGAGAAAUGUCGCACAAGGAAAGAACUAUCUAUCGAAUUUCAAAUGUGACGGAGUGACAGCAGGGUUUGUGAAGGACUGGUAUCGAUUCAUGGGCCCCGCUGGAACUAUUCUGGCAACUGAGUGUCAGCCAGUGCAACAUUGUGGUACGUACGUCCCUCUAUAUCUCAACGGCACCGUUCCCAACGUUCCGGGUGACGUAUGGAACGUUACGCUAUGCGCUACGUCGGCGUACGGUUGUUGCGCUUACGCCUGGGCAGCUGUCUACACGCCGCCAUUCGUCACAGUGAAAAACUGCGGAGAUUAUUUCGUCUACGAAUUGAAGCCAGCUACAGGAUGUUACACUGCUUACUGUGGAAGUGACUAGACAUGAACGUUGCCAGUAUUUAUCGUAGAACUAGUAAUUUUCAAACAACGAAA